AUGGCCAGUGCUGCACCGGCCGCUUUAUCCACAAAGGAAACAACAAACUAUGCCAGGUUGUGCCGUCUGCUGGUUGAUAUUGGAACCCAAGCUCUUCGAGAUACGUUUGAUGCCAUCCAUGCACCAGGAAAUUUACACUCAGUUUUGGCGGCAAAGAAGCCCACCUUACAAUCUCUUAGAAAGAAGAAGGUUAUUAAUCACACACAAUGGGGGAAACUUUACCCUGCCAUCCUUACCUCAGUGUCUUCUCGUGACUUUGACACAACUUUACUGAUGGUUCUGUUACGGAACCUGUGCGGCUUUACUGCUCCGCUGACCGGCUGGGACGCACUGCCUGCCGUAACAGACCUUAGCAAAGUAGCAGACAUUGCCCGAGUUAAGUAUUUUAGGAACACUGUGUACGGUCACGCUGAGAAAGCUUCUGUUGAUGACGUGAAGUUCAAUGACUACUGGCGUGACAUCAGGGACACUCUGGUCAGACUGGGAGGUGUUACUUAUGAAGCUGCCAUUGACAAUCUUAGAAACGAGUGCAUGGAUCCUGAAGUUGAAGAUCACUUCAUGGAAUUACUGAGUCAAUGGAAAAAGGACGAAAACAACAUUAAAGAUCAGCUGGACGUAAUUAAGAAAAAUCUUGAAGUCCUGACGUCAAAAGAUGAAGGUAAGAUACAUAAGUAAUUUGUAAAUUAUCAUGGAUGAAAAGGUUGAAAGCCUAUCAUUUUUUAAUAUGUUCGGUAAGGGAGGAGUUUUUCGUUGCUACAAAAAGGAGUCGGGCCCGCCCUUUGACCUUCCCGGCUAAUACUUUUGACGGACUAGCAUUCAGUUGUAGGUGAAAUGACAUAACAGCCCCACCCUUACCCCAUACUUUUUGGAUAUGAAUGACAAAUGUGAUGCUUUUCUGUAAUGAUAAAAACGAGGAUGCAACAUUAAUAUUUACAACCAUUGGGGAUUUAAGUGAAAUAGUUCUUUCACUGAAGGACACAAAAGAAGAAAUGCUCAGUUUAGGAGUCGACCAUCAGAUAAAUAUUUGAGAUUUUAUUCCUUUGAGCGAUAGGAGACUUUUAGCUGGGCCGUGAAAGAACAGUUUCACGCGGAGAAAAUGAUAAUAACUAAAACAAAAUUUAAAUGUUGGGGAUUUUGUACAGGUUUCUAUUGUAAGACGGAAAGGGGUGGUUCCCACGGUCUGUAUCACACCCAGGGGCUUGUUCCAUUGGUCAUAAAGCGCUGCAGCUCACGUAUGUUUACAGGAGUGUUCAUAGUUUCUAGCCAUGCUCUCUUCCUGAUGGUUAAUAAAUUUUUUCGUGCUAGAUCAAGCUCCUGUUGGAAAUCGAGUUGACAGAGAAAACCAUGGGAACUGUUUAUUUGGUUCUAUUCUGGGGGUAUUGACUGGAUAUGGUGAUCUGCAUAGCGGCCAGGUACGUGCAAAUCCGUCGCUGAAGCUUCUUAUCAGCCAUAUCUUAGGUUUUAUAUCAUUUAUCACUGAGCUGGAAAAAAAAAUGUAAAAAAAAAAAAAAAAAAAAAAAAAAACAGAUGUAACUUCGUCUUUUCGGGAACUAGGUUCUUCAUCCUCGAGAGGACACCAAUUUGGCAAUUUGCUUUCUGACUGACUUGUUAAAUGUGUGCACCAAAGCUAAAUUUAUUAUCUAUAAAGACUCUUGCUUAUAGUGUUAAGGAACUCCAAUUCAAUUUCUUCAUUGUCAAUGAAAAUCUGCGCCUCUUGUGUAUUCCUUGCUUUUGAGGCUAGACACAGUGUCUGGAAUUUGUCGUUGUUUGCCGGCAAGAAACUAUUUUUAUACCAGUCGGAUACAAUCUUAGCCUUGUUGUUUAACAGAGUAGCAAUGUUUCAAUCAGCUGAUGAGAGGCACAUAUUUGAAGAUCGUCUGCGUACGUAGAAAAAUCAUAGUUGUUAAUACUAUAACUUAAGUCAUUCUGAAACAUGUUCGACAGCAAUGGUUCGAGACAUGAUCCUUGAGGGCAGCCUUCUCUUAUAUCAUGCCAAGAGCUGUUAACUCUAGCAAACUUAACCCUUCCUUGCCGAUCUUGGAAAUACGAUCUUAAUAGAAGCAAUGACUCGUCAGAGAAAUUACAGGCUUGUAGUUUCUUGAUCAUGAGCGACGGAAGGAGAGAGUCAAAUGCUUUGCUAGUGUCAGUAGAGGUGACCCCCACAAACUUUCCCUUGUCAUUGGCCAGUCUCCAAUCUUCUAUGAAUUUUAUUAGGGCUGUCUGACAGCUUUGACCCUUUCUGUAGGUUAACAUGUUUUGGGAAAGAUGCGAAUCCACUUUGGUUACUACUUGCCUGCUUAGCAACUGUUCAAAGAUUUUGUUGACAACAUUUAACACUAUCACGGGCCUAUAGUUCUUCACUAUUUUUUCAUCUUUCUUGAAAACAGGUACCCAAUCCCUUCUCUUCCAUCUCUUGGGAUAAUACCCAGAUGUUAUUGAUAGAUUAAAGAUUUUGUUAGUGAGGGUGCAAGUUCCUUUGCUUAUACCGUCAAGAUUCUUGGCGGUAUUAAGUCGGAACCAGUGGACUUUGAAGGAUUAAGACCAUCUAAGGCUUUAGCAGUUUCGCCUUAAGAGAUCUCUGUAAAUGCGAACGUAUCAGUUGAAGGCCAGUUGUUUUCAAUGUUUGUGACACUUGGAUGGCUAUAAAAUCGUCCUCUGUUGAAGAUAAGCUAGAUUUACCACCAAUAUCGUUAGCCAAGGUAUAAAAAAUAACCAGCAAAUUCUUUCGCAACCUCGUUUUGGUCUUUAGCUACAGUUCCAUUCACAUUCAAUAAUAUACAAUCAUUAGCAGAGGAGGUUUGAAAGUUUUGAAGAAUUCUCGUGGUUUAGAGUUCAAUUCCUCAGAUUUUUACUUAGGGAUUUUUUAAAACUAAUUUUUUUUAAAAUUUAAAUUUACUUCUUUCAUCUUAAGCUCACAUUUAAAGGACGAGAAAUUUACUACAGCUCCCACGAAAGGUUUCACUCUUUAAGAGAGCCUUGGGUUUACGACGCCAGAGCCUGUGACAUGGAAAGUGAUAUCAGCUGUGAGGCAUGUGGUUAUCAUGACAGGUACGAUGCUGUGCAGCAUGCUGUGGAGGAACUCAAGGGAAUGCUCAAGAGUAAAGGGCUCCUUUACGAGUCGUGAUUUGGCAUGCAUGUUUCUCUGCAAAGUGCAGAUCAAUUCGAAGCUUCAACAUCCCCCGAGCAACCCACCGGCAUUUGACCGUCGCCCGCGCCCAGGGUUGGGCAAUUUGAACCUUGCCUGGCUGGAGUGGGGAUUUUGAACCAGAAGUGUCGAGUCUUUCCAGCAAAACAAACCAGUCUUUAAAAGUUCAGAUACCGUGGGUUUGCCCGAGGGAGG